GUUGAUUCCGACUUCUACUGCAUCAUCCAGCUAUCAAACAAACCACAGGUCAAAAAAACCAUCCACAGCAACAUCACACCAUAACCAGCCCAAACAAGACCCCCCAAAAGAAAUCCGCCAACAUGUCUGUCGCCCAGUCCAUGAAGCACAUCAGCAACCUCGAGCGCAAGCUCGGCAAGGCCAACAAGAUCGCCGCCAAGGGAUCCGACAUGAAGCUCAGCGAUGUUCUCAAGCUGCAGAGCAAGAGCAACGCGAUCUGCUCCGAGAUCAAGAAGUCCAUGGCUGAGUACGAUGGCUCCGAUCCGACCACGGAGGAGAGCAGGGCCAUCCUGAGCAAGAUGCAGCACAUUGUCGAUUUGACCGAGGACCAGCUCAAGCAGCUCAUCGCCGCCCAGGGUCGAUUCAACGAGCUGCGCAUUGGCGGCAUGGUCAAGCGCAACAUUGGCAAGACCGACACCGUCAGCAAGGAGCUUUCGAACCUCCUCCAGUCCAAGGCCCCGGCAGACAUGAAGGCUGAGGCCGAUGCUCUCGAGGCGCGCCGGGCCGCGGCUUUUGAGAAGGCCUGCAAGGUGUUUGCCAAUGCUCAGGGUGGCGAGGAGAAGGCUGACGAGGUUGGCGAGGACUCUGAUUAAGAUGUCGGAGCAAGUAGCAUGGUGAGAGUGACGUAAGCGGCAGGUUUUUAGAGUAUCAUGAGAUAAAUUAUGUUGGUCAAUAAAGAAAAGACGAUCUUUGACUGAAUGGUCGUGAUCAAUAAAAUAUUGCGCGAA